AAAUUAUUCCUAUAAAAUAUCUAUGUAUAUUAUAGUAUUUGGAGGUGAUCCUUCCUUAAUUACUUUAUUUGGUGAAAGUGCUGGAGGAGCUUCUGUUUCUAUGCAUAUGUUAUCCCCCCUUUCUCAGCCUUAUUUUACUCGGUCAAUUUUACAAAGUGGAGCAGCUACUGCCCCAUGGGCAGUAGAAAAUAAGCAGUAUAUGAAAUGCGGAAAUGGAAAUAUGUCUCAUUUAGCCCCAGACCAAUGGAAUAUGGAUGAGGUUUUGAGAUGUUUACAUGAGGCAUCUGCUGAUAAACUUAGAGACUCGGAAUGGAGUCCAGUAAUGGAAUUUGCAGACUUUCCUUGGGUGCCUGUUAUUGAUGGAGAAUUUCUUGUAGAAAAUAUAGAAACUUCCUUAAAACGAGGAAAUUUUAAGAAAACACAAUUAUUGGCUGGAAGUAAUUUUGACGAGGCUAGAAAAUUAAAAGAAAAUUUUAGAAAAAAAUUUUUUUAA